AUAUUAAACAAUACUUUGAAUAUAUAACAUAAAAAUAAAACAUUUUUAUUGAAAAAUCUCCUUUAGCGUCUUAUAAUCCGUAGUUUCUUAUAUUCUAGUCAAAAUAAUGUUUUUUAAAUUAAAACCUAUUUAUCGGAAACAUUUUAUGUUAAAUACUAUGUCUACUGUAUAUUCCUAGUAAAUUAAAAUUUAGAUAUUAUUGUAUUUUUAGUAUGAUGACCAACGACGAUUUAUGUAAUCUUGAAUCAUGGGGUUUGCCACCUCAAAUUUUAAAUAAUUAUAAAAAACGUGGAAUUUUAUCAAUGUUUCCUUGGCAAGUGGAAUGCUUAACCAGUGAAAGUGUUUUAGACGGCCGUAAUUUAGUUUAUUCUGCACCAACAUCAGCUGGUAAAACAAUGGUUGCUGAAAUUUUAGCUAUGCAGACAGUUCUAGAGCGGGAUAAGAAAGUUUUAAUUGUUCUUCCAUUUGUUUCAGUUGUACGAGAAAAAAUGCUUUAUUUUCAAGAAUUAUUUGAAGGGACAAAUAAAAGAGUUGCUGGAUUUAUGGGGAGUUAUACACCUCCUGGAGGUUUACGAUCGGUUAAUGUUGCAAUUGCUACUAUUGAAAAAGCUAAUGGAUUAAUAAAUCGAUUGAUGGAAGAAGAUGGGUUACAAGACAUAGGUUGUGUAAUUGUCGAUGAAUUACACAUGCUUGGUGAUUCUAAUAGAGGAUAUUUAUUAGAGUUAUUAUUAACAAAAAUUAAAUAUAUGUCUAAAAUCCGAAGUAAUAUAUCAGUUCAGAUAAUUGGUAUGUCUGCUACUUUACCAAAUUUAGAGAUGCUUGCAAAGUGGUUAGAUGCCACUUUGUAUCAAACAACUUUUCGUCCAAUUCCAUUAAAAGAAUAUUUAAAAGUUGGUAAAAAUAUAUAUAAUGCAAAAGAUUGUUCUCUUAGUCAUACUAUAGAACCAGAUUAUGGAAUAAAGAAUGAUCCAGACAAUGUAACACACUUAAGUAUUGAUACUAUUCUUCAAGGAUACUCUAUACUGAUAUUUUGUUUUACUAAAAAAUGGUGUGAAUCAUUAGCAAUUGAAAUUGCUUCAGAAAUCAAACGGCUUGGUGGGGAUACCAAAUCUAAAACUGGUAUGGCUUUAAGAAAUCAAUUAAAUGGUGAGAGCUUAGGAGAUGUUUUGGAACAACUACGGAGAUGCCCUGUUGGUCUUGAACCAGAAUUAAAUAAAACUAUAUCCUUUGGUGUUGCAUUUCAUCAUGCAGGUCUUACAAUGGAUGAAAGAGAUAUAAUUGAAGGUGCAUUCAAACAAAAUGUUGUGCGAGUUUUAGUAGCUACAUCAACAUUGUCUUCCGGAGUAAAUUUACCUGCACGUAGAGUAAUUGUAAGAUCACCAGCUUGUCAUGGAUUUCCUAUUGAUAUUUUACAGUAUAGACAGAUGAUUGGACGCGCUGGGCGAAUGGGUGUUGAUACUGCUGGAGAGAGUUAUUUGAUCUGCAAUGAAAAUGAAAAGAGAAUAGGUGAACAAUUAGCUUGUCAAGAUCUUCCACCUAUUAAAAGUUGUUUAGGAGUUGGAGAUUUUUCUAAUUGUUUAAAACGAGCACUUUUAGAAGUUGUUGCCAGUUGUGUUGUGAACUCUAAAGAGGAAGCAUUAAAAUAUAUGCAAUGUACAUUGUUAUAUGCUUCUACUGGAAAUAAUUUCAAUGAAAAUCCAAUACACCAGUGUUUAAAACUGUUGAUAGAGCACCAAUUUGUCCAAGAAUCACAAAAUAAAUUAGCACCAACUUGUUUGGGGCAAGCAUGUUUGGCUGCUUCAGUUACACCAGACAUUGGUUUAAAGUUAAUCAAAGAGUUAGAUCGAGCUAGACAAAAUUUUGUUCUUGAUUCUGAAUUGCAUUUACUGUAUUUGAUAACUCCUUACUCUGUUAGUGACCAAAUUGGAAAUUUAGAUUGGUUUCGAGUGUUGAAUAUAUGGGAAAAAUUACCUCAGGCAUUGCGUAAAGUUGGUGAAAUGGUUGGAGUAGAAGAGAGAUUUAUUGUUAAAGCCAUGACUGGUACCACAUUUAAUUCACUUUCAGAUAAACAUAAGUUAGCAAUUCAUAGGCGAUUUUACACAUCUCUAUUGCUUCAUGAUUUAAUUAAUGAAGUACCUAUAAAUACUAUAGUUUCAAAAUAUUGCACUUCUAAAGGUCUUUUACAAAGUCUUCAACAGUCGUCUUCUACAUUUGCAGGAAUGGUAACACAAUUUUGCAAGAGGCUUGGCUGGUCAUCUCUUGAGUUAUUAAUAUCUCAGUUUGAAGAAAGGCUACAGUUUGGUGUUCAAAGGCAGCUAGUGGAUUUACUACGUUUAGAUUGUUUAAAUUCAAUCACAGCUCGAGCAAUAUAUAAUGCUGAAAUACAUAAUGUUCCAGAACUUGCAUUAGCUGAUAUUCGACAUGUUCAGCGUGCUCUGGCUAAAGCUAUUCCAUAUCAAAAUAAUACUAACAAUAAUAUGGAUGAUGAAGAAAAACGUAAAAACAUUUGGUUAGCUGGUCGCUUUGCUCUUAAUGAAAAAGAUGCAGCUACAUUUAUAAUAAAUGAAGCUCGUCAUCUUUUAAAAAGAGAACUUGGGUUAAAAUCUGCAUGUUGGAUAGAAGAUUGUAAUGCCAAUAAAACGUUAGAUGAAAGUUUAAAUUCUAUUAAAAUUCGUCCAUCUACUUCAAAAAAUGUAAUUGUUAUUGAAAAUAGUCAAGAAUCAGAAAAGUUUAAUGAUCAAAAUUCUUUUCACAGUCCACCUUCAUUAUCAAAAAGCAGUGUUGAAUUAUUUCCAGAAACAAAUAGCAUAGUUAACAUUCAACAUGAAGAAAUUAAAUCCAAAGAUUAUAAACGGGAAAGUUUAGAUCUCUUUGAUGGAUCAUUUGAACACACUAAAUUCAGUCUAACAGUACAUGCUAGCCAAAAAGAUAAUCAAAUAAAUUGUGAAAAAUCAAUUGGUAAUUAUUAUCAUACAGAACUAGUUUACAUUAAAACACCAAAAGAACAUGAAGAAAUUUGGGAUUGCAAUAUUGGAGGUGAAAGUAUUUUAGAAUUAUCUCAGAAAGAUAUAGGGUCUCGUAAACGAAAACGAGAGGAGCAUGAUAUAGUUAGUAAUGAAGUUGAUAAAAAUUUGAUUGAACAACCGUCAAAGUAUAAAAAAGUUGAAGAAAUCUCUCCAAAAAGUUGUAAUAUGUUUGAAAGUACUAUGUUUCCUGAUUCUUUGAUUAUUGAUACUCAAUUAGAUAUGUUAAUAAAUUAUGAUGACAAAAAAAAUAACAAUAUACCAGUAGUUUCUAACUCAAUUGAUACCCAAGCAAACAGUUUAAAUAAUAAAAGCAAAAAUAUGUUUAUUAAAAAUGAAGAAAUGAGUGAAAGUUUAUUAAAUGCAGCAUUUCAAAGUUCUUUUAAUAUAACUACUAAUGUUGUAACAAAUACUGAUAAGACUAAACAAAUAAAUGUCAAUAAAGAAGAAGCUUUGAGUGAAAGUAUCAUGAAAGAAGCUUUUCAAAAUUCAUUUAGUUCAAUGGCAAAUACUAUAAUCUGUCCUGAUAAAACAAAAAUAAUUAAUGGAACUUGUAAUGAUCUUGUUAUUUCUGACUCUGAAGAUAUGAUCGCUGGAUCUCAAGAUACUGUAUCGAGUGGGCCAUCUCCUCGCAAGGAAUCUCCUAUGAAACCAGAUGCUAAUGCUAAUUCUAUCAAAUUAGAAACUUGGGCAUAUAAAACAAAAGUUAUAGAAAAUAUUGAUGCAUUUGCUUCAGAAUAUUUUCCAGAGAUUAAAUAUAGAAAAGAAAUCACACUUGCAUUAAAUAUAUGUAAAGAAGUUAAUAUUGAAAAUAAAAUUGGGUCAAAGUUUUUAAGGCUCAAUGUAGAACAUUGCAUUCACAACUCUUUUAAGUAUGAUAACCAAGUUUUAAAAGGAUUUGCACUUACAUGGUACAAACAAACAGUAGUGCAUUAUGCAGAUCUCAACAAAAUUGGACCAUCAGGAAUAAGUUUACUUCGAAAAUUGUUAACCAAUAAAAAUUUGACUGUUAAUGUAUAUGAUGCUAAAUCAAGCUACAAAAUGAUUUCUCAGUGUUGCGGCAUUAUUUCUGUUUGCAAAUUUAGAGAUCCUUCUGUAGCUGAUUGGCUUAUAAGUGGUCAACCAAAAAAUUCUUUGGAAAGUUUGAUCAAGUGGCAUUUAAAUUUUAAUGGCUGCAUUCCAUCAAAUGAUUCUGUGUUUAAUGCAUUUAUUGUUCAAAAAUUAAUGUCAUCUUUAAAACGACAGCUUAAGCAAAUAUUUAUCUAUAAAACAUUUAAAGAUAUUGAAAUGCCUAUCCAAAUAAUAUUAGCAAAAAUGGAACUGCACGGAUUUAGUGUUAAUAAAGAAGAAGUAACAAAACUACAUAAUACUGUAAAUACUCUCAUGGAUAAUAUUUCUAAAGAAGCUUGCUCACUGUCAGGAAUCCAAUUUAACAUGCAAUCUAAAAUAGAAUGGGCUAAAGUUAAACGAAAUUUAAAUUUGACUGAUACAUCUUCACAUCCUCUGGUGGAAUUAAUAAAAAAUUGGAGAAAACUAAGUAGCCUUAGAAACAAUCAUUUAAACUUUCUUUUAACCACGACAAAAGAUACUGUUUAUUGUGAUAGCAACACUUAUUCCAGUACAGGGCGUAUUAGUAUGCAUGAACCUAACUUACAAAAUUUACCAAAAGACUAUAUAAUUGAAAAUGAAAUAAUAAGUAUUCGCUCAUCAUUUAUACCAAAAUCAGAUCGGACACUAGUAUCGGUUGACUUUUGUCAGAUAGAACUUCGUGUACUUGCUCACUUAUCUAAGGAUAGUAAAUUAAUAUCAUCAUUAAAAUCAUCAGGAGAUGUUUUUGUACAUAUGUCAUCAAAAUGGCAUAAAAUACCUGAAUCUGAAGUAUGUGAUGAACUGAGACAAAAAACUAAACAAGUUUGUUAUGGAAUACUGUAUGGUAUGGGUGCAAUUACAUUGAGUGAAACUUUAGAUAUUUCUGAGGAUGAAGCCCACAAAUUAAUAUCAGAAUUUAAAAGUACUUUUUCAGAUAUCAAUAAAUUUUUUACUGACUGCAUUAUACAAUGUCGAACAUUGGGAUUAGUAAAGACUCUGAGUGGUCGAAUUCGAUAUUUACCAGAUAUUAAGAGUGAAAACCCAAAACUUAGAGCUCAAGCAGAGCGACAAGCAAUAAACACAAUUAUACAAGGAAGUGCCGCUGAUGUAACAAAAAUAGCUAUGAUUAAAGUAGACAAAACUAUUAAUCAACUAUAUGCAAAACCUCAAAUACAUUUAUUGAUGCAUUUGCACGAUGAACUCAUAUUUGAGGUUCAUAAUUCAGUUCUUGAUGAAGCAUGUUCAUUGAUUACCAGCACUAUGGCGUCUGCUGUUAAUUUAUGUGUACCUUUACCCGUUAAAAUUAAGAAAGGUUCCAAUUGGGGUGAAUUAAAAUAAUUGGUUUCACAAAAAAUAUAAAAAUAUGCAUGAAUUUAAAUUACCUUUGUGAUAUAUUUUAGAAAAAUAAAAUUCUUAUCGUUAUUUCAUGUGAACAAUUUUCAUCGCCAAUUUAUUUGUUUUGUUUUGUUAAAUAUUUUACCCUUUUGUAUUUUUACUCUAUUAUUUCCUAUUAUUGUAAGAAUUGUAGUUUCUUUGGUUUUAAAACUUUACGGUAUUCCGUAGAGUUUUCAAACCUUAGUAACUGCAGUCAUUAUGACUGUAGAAUACACUACUAAUCAUAAUUAUUUUAAUUUGUAAAUGAGUGUUGAGCGCUCAUUUGGUUUUCAUACAAUCAAACCUGCAUGUUAUAAGAUCUUAUUGAUCUUUUUAAAUUAGACUACUUCAUAUGUAUU